AUGAAGAAGCUUUUCGAUGACAUCAAGAAGGAUAUUAAAUUUAAAUCGGCGGGCCCUGGGAAGAAGCUAACGGAAGAUACCAGAGGUGCACCUGAGAGAGGGCAGAAGAGCUCUGGCAGCAAGCAGCAUCAGCGCGAAGCUCCUAGCGAGGGUUCCCAACGGGCAGGUGCGGCAGCUCUGGCCAGAGUCGAACAGCAACAGAGGCCAAAGGCCCACACGUCCCAGGAUGCCAUCAGGAACCAGGUAAAACGAGAAUUGGAAGCUGAGGCUGCUGCGUUGGCCGGAAAAGAAAAGGCAGCGACGGCAGAGGGAACCAGCAUCGCUGAGAAAGACCGUCUCUCAGUGUCCGGUGUGUAUUUCACCUGCCCGCUAACGGGAGCCACUCUAACCAAGAGCGAGCGGGAUGUCCACAUCAAGGAGGCUAUUUUGAUGCGGUUUGAGGAAGAUAGUUUAGAGGCAUCCGUCAUGAUGAUUCACACAUUUAACAAAGAUAAAGAGAAGGUGAAGGCGGCUGUGGACAUCAUAAGCAAAUAUGUUGAAAAUAUUUGUAAGAAUCCUUCAGAGGAAAAAUACAGGAAGCUUAAAAUCAGUAACAAGGUCUUUCAGGAAAAAGUGCGUUGUGUGGAGGGAAGUCGAGAGUUCUUAGAGGCCCUAGGCUUCAUUAGCACAAUGCUUCCUGUCGAUGGUCAAGAGGAGGAAGAAGAGUUUCUGGUGUUGCCCGAGCAAAGUCCCGACGCCCUGGAGCUGAUGAAGGAGCGGAGGGACCGGCUGCAGCGCGGUGAGCCUGUCCGAGCGCAACUGGACCGGCAGGCUCAAGCCUUCAGGGCGUCGGACAACGCCACUCGCUUCGAGCUGCCGCCAGAGUUCUACAACCUGAGCGCAGAGGAACUCAAGAGGGAACAACAGCAGAAGAGUGACUUGGUGGAAAAGAACUCGAUGCUUCGUACCAAAGCUAUGAGGGAGCGAGAUGAGCAAAGGGAGAGGAGAAAAUACAACUACACUCUGCUCCGUGUUCGGCUUCCUGAUGGAAACCUCCUCCAGGGGACCUUCUACGCCUGGGACCGACUUCCCGUGCUGUUCAGCUUUGUGAGAGACUCACUGGUGGACGGCUGGCAGCCAUUUGAGCUCAUUGCACCUGGUGGUCAAAAGCUGCAGGAGACCGAGGAUGUGGCUUUAGCUGAGUGUAACCUGGUCCCCGCAGCUCUUCUCUCAUUCGCCUGGGAUGCCGCCGUGCAGGCUGACAUUGCUGCAGCGGGCAGUAAAAGCUCAACUCUGCUCAAACCAGAGCUGCUAGAGACUAUUCGCAAUCUGAACUGA